AUGCCUUCUGCAAAUUGGGCCUCCAACAGCCUUUACGAUCCCAACGGGACCAUAUGGGACAUAUCAGAGACAUAUUUCCUUAUUCAAAUAACCAACAAUUCGUACCUACUAGAGGACGAAGCGAAAUUUCUACAUGAUUACUAUUCCGGAGCAAAGCCUAAGGUAUACCUAGCACGACAGCGAAGGAACAACGGUUCUAUAGUGCAAAUAUCCAAAUUUGCCACGUUUCGCGGCCAUUACAUAUGUUUUACUGUCAACACCGAAGUAACUAAUCCGCCAAUGAAAGCUCGCAAUGUCCUUGCAACCAGCUACAAAUUCAUUCACGGCAACUUAAACACCUUAGACAAUGUUUUUUAUUACGACGUCGUAAAUUUAGACGUUCGUAGCGCUAUAAGGAAUGCCUUCAAAACUAUCGACAGGUACGAUGACACAGGUUUGUACCACAUCAACACAGGAGAAAGAGGAUGGGUCGAAGUCAGGAAGAAUAACCCCUUCAUACUCGGAAUGGAAAAGUUGCUAGAGGAAAAUUCUGAAGGUAUCGGAAACGCUUUCAUCAAUAUGGUCGUGUUUUAUAUUGAAGCAAGCCAAGGCGGCCUCAUUAACUGGAAAGACUGCACUAUUCAUUUAGAAAUCAACCUCAGUCGUUAG